ACCAGUUUAAACCAGUGACUUCACGGAGGGACUGUAACAUGCGGCUAUAUGUGUGGUUAGGUGGCGUACGCACGCAUUCAUAGCCGGACAUAGAGAGCCGAUAAAACCAGCAGGUGCGCACAGCCGGUCCUCUCCGCCUCAGUGACGUCAUCGCACCGCCGUCAUCGUCAAGCUCAUUCUAGCGGCGGCUAAAGUUGAUUGACCCUUCUCUCGCUCACACAGGGAGGCAAUCACGCCAGCGAACGUCCUGCGAAAAAAGACAAACGGCUUAGUGUUUACCCGAUUAGAGCAGAACGAGGUUCACCGGCGUGUGAAAUUGAUUUCAUUUUUUUCCUUGCCGCUCGUUUUCUGUGAUCGAUUAAAUUAUUAAGACAUAGAGAUGACGUUCGCGAGCGAGAAACACGUCGAGGCGCGACGACGACGACAAAGAUGACGAUGAUGACGACGACGACAACGAUGAUGAUGCACGCGGCGGCAGGCGAAAAACGAACGUCUACUAUCGUCAACGUCGAUAUUGUCAUCACACGUCGACGCCAUCCGCGUGACGGCGCGGAGUAGAGUACCGGACAUCCGCACUUGUCGGCAUCUCUGUCGCAUUUCGCGUCGGCGGGGACACGCGGCAGUUGUCGUGCUGUGAGUCAUGCCGGAGUCUCGGUCACGCCCCGACGCGCGACAACCCACGCCGAUGGGAUGAGUCCUUACCAGCGGCCGAGAUAAUGGAUGAUGUGCUGUCAACCGAUAUUGGUGACAUCGGCGCAGCGACGACAGCUAACGACGCGACGACGACGACGACGAGCAUCAAGUGCGUUCCACUUCCGUGUGAAGAUCAGCUGAUGGAUAGUGUCUACUACUUCAAGCAGGGCUACUCGUUCGGUGAGCACGGCGAGUUACCGAUCACUGAGGAUAACUUCUACGACAACUACGAUCCUGUGAUCGGACUUAACAUCGCCGCCACGCUCGGCACUUGCAUCUUUCUCUUCGUCAUCUUUCUCAUUUACAAGCAUCACAUGAAGAUGAAGCGCAUACAGCGGGAACGCGAGCGCCGCCGUGCGGCAAGAGCGCGCGCUAAGUCACGCACGCGGAGCAUGGAUGUUUCCUCUGAUUGCCGCUCGGAGGCGCUGCGUGUCGUCGGCGGUAGUCGGUCGCGGUCGUCGCUGUCGAUGCGUGGUUCUGUGGUGCAGUACCAGACGCUCGUGCAGGAUCCGACCAACGCUCAAUGUUAUACAGCCGACACAAGCAGCAGCAGCAGACGCAGCAGCGCCGACGACAGUGACGACACGCCGACGCAGAGACGCUCGGGUGACGUCGCUCGCGUCGACGUAGAACGCACGCCGACGCAUCAGACACAAAUUUACGGCAACAAACACAACGACGACGACAACGACGACAACGACGCCGAGGCGGGUCCCUCGACCGACAGAAACGUCGUUGGCGAGUGGCUGAGGACGAGCGACGUCGGCAAGCCGGUGCUGACGACGUCGAGAGCGUUCUCGAUGCCCGGACCGCUGCUGACCGACGAAACGCGACGCCGCUUCGACGACGACGACAACGAUGACGAUAGCUGUGUAGGGAAGCCUAGGACACGUGCGCUCAAUUUGUGGCCAAAUACAGGCGGCGGCUCCUCCCGAACGCAGGGGGCGCUGUCGUCACCUUCAAUAAUGCUGGACAUUGAGAUGUGCGCCGACGGUACAGCCGACGGCUUCCACGAGCGGACUAUGCUGCGGUCCGCCAGCAGCAGUGGCGCGCGCGUCGGCAGGGGCGGCGGCGAUAGCGGUGGCGCCCGCAGGAGCAGCGGCGUCGGCAGCAGCGGUGGCGCCCCUUGCGUCGGCAGACGGCAGCUGACGACGGCGCAAUAUUUUAACGAACUGUGUAAAGAGAUUCCCGACUUUCAGAUACACGAAACGAAACUAUAGUGAGGUCGUCGUUCAGAGAAUCUAUUUUUGGAGAGGCCGUGUAUUCUAUUGGCGGUUAUUACUCACAGCGCGUAGUCUGUUAUCCGUUACGCUGUGCCAGAGGCACCGACAACGAAGCCUCUGCCUUUCUCUUUCUCUCUAUCACACACCGAAUAAAUUCACCUGCUUUGAUCACGUUGGCUGACGAUCAUAUGAGGGUAUUGUCACAGGAAUCGUUAUUGUUUGCUUCUAUCACAUUUCUUGCUGAGGAAUGAGAGACUGAAUAGGGUGAACGAAAUUUGCAUUUCUCUCAUGAAUCGAACGUAAUCUUGUUAGAAAAUAAAAUGUGUCUAUAGUGUA